AUGGGCCAAAAGUGAGCCCAAAGUCUUAGGCCAGCUCUGGCUCUGCCACCUUCCCGAACUCCACCCCCACGAAAUAUUCGAUUCUCUUCCCAAAAUUUUAACGGCAAAACUGGUUAAAUCAUGAUUAGCAUUCUCGUUCAGGAGCGAUUGCUCGGUGCACUACUUGGAUGUGCAGCUACUGGAGUAAUUGUUUUUGAGCAACGCAAACGCAUCUAUAAAUCCAUUGCCGAUGAUCAAUCUCAAUUUGGUUCCAACUCCAAGACAAGGGAGCCCAUAUUUGCAAAGAAAACGCACACAGAGUUUGCACACAUAUGGAACAAGACGGUAGACCAAACUUUUGGACCUGUGAUUGCAUCUCUUAGUUCACGAAAAUGGUAGUGUUGUUAGAGUAAAUUCACUACCACUGUGUGGAUGUCUCUAUUAUUUUGUGACAUUUAUACAUGUAGUGACUUGCUCGGGAUCUGCCUCUUGUUGCAUUUUUUUGGAUAUGACUGACAUGCAUCUGUCCUGAGUGUGGAUCAUGUUUAACAACUCUUAUAAUAAAAUAUCUUGGUUUUAACUCA